AUGAACUCUGCUUCUUCUGCUCAAAGCCCUGUCCGAACUGCUCCUCAGAGCUUCGACAGUCUGGCAAGUGCGCCACUUCGGAAGAACAUUCGCCGUUCUUUGGGUUAGUUUUCUCUCUUCUUUAUUAAGUGUUCCCCAAACUUAACUUCGAUUAUUUCAUAACAGUGCCAAAUUUGCAGACAUCACAACCCGAACUCGUAGAAGUCUCAACUUCAGCGUUCUGAGCCCAGUUCGAGCUUCUCAAGAGUUCGAAAGUCUGCCAAAUGCGCCACUUCGGAGGAACAUUCGUCGUUCAUGGGGUUCGUUUUUCCACUCUUUAGCCUUUUCAAACUUUCUUCGAUUUGUAGACAUGUCCACCAGAACUCGAAGAAGUCUCAACUUUUUCGCUCUCAGUCCUGUUCGAGUGGCUCCAGUUUCUCAAAACUUUGAAAGCCUUGCAAAUGCGCCUGUUCGCCAAAAUAUGCGUCGUUCUUUGGGUCAGUUUUUUGUCUAUUCUGGAGCGUUUCCAGUUGUUUUAAAUUUUGACGUCUUCAGUAUCUUCCUAAUUUUCAGACACCACCACCAGAACUCGCAGGAGUCUCAACUUUUUGAUCGACCUAGCUCCAGCUCAGGAGACGUCUGAAGCUCCAGCUGAGGCUCCGAAGACUCCAACUCGCAGCGAAAUGGCUCCGGAAGUCUUCGAACGUCUGACUUGGGCUCCAAUUCGCGAGCGCCAGACUCGUCGUUCUUUGGGUUAGUUUCCAACUUGUACUGACCCAAACUGAUGGGAACCUUUUUUCAGAGUCUGUCCAGCCUCCAGUUCUCGUCUUUUCUUUGGGAAAUCCCUCUCGAGAUGCUCGAAGUUGGUAG